AUGUCGCCUGUUAGUAAUUCAAUCGGGAGCUCGUUUACGGUGGCAUCGGAAUUCCCCGAGCCAGGCUUCUGUACAGUGGACACAUCCAGAGUUCCCGACGACCAUAUUGGAGAAACAACGCCGGCCGUGCUUCUAAAGACCAUCGACCAGGAAAUUCGGGCGUCUAGUGACCAGCCGAGUUGGCGCUGUGUCGUAGUGACCAGAGAUGGACGAAAUGCUAAUCGCGUAAAAGUAAUCGGCAGGAUUGGGGAAGAACUGGAGAGAAUCAAGAAGGUUAUUGAUGAAGGCAAGGUCCUGGAGGGAGCGAUCGAAUCCCUGAGCCAGGAAAAUGAAGUGCAGAUUGCCAAGAUGGCUUGGCUAAGCCGGAAGGAUAACACAAAAGCAUAUGGAUCAAUGGUAGUAUACCUCACCAAAAACAGUGACGCUAUGAGUUUAUUGCAAGAACAAUACUUCCUUGUCGCCGGUGUUCAGCGUAUACCAGCGUGUUUGAGCGAAGAGCCAGACCUAAACAAUGUUAUAACUGCCAAGAACUCGGCCAUAAGGCGUUCUUGUGCAGCAAGAAUCGAAUAUGUGCAAAAUGUGCCGCCGAAGGCCAACAUCAUAUCAGAAAUUCCGGAGCCGUUAAUUGACCCCACGAACAAUGAGACCGUCAAGAAGAAUGUGUUUCUCAUCUUCACUCAUGGCAGAGAGAUGGUCGCCAAGGUUCGGAAGAUAUCUGAAUUUAUGGGAGCUGAGGUGUAUAAUGUCGACGAGAAUAGCAACCACCGCCGUAACCAGAUUCACGGAGUGAACAGUCGCCUCGAGGACGUCCAGAGCGUCCUUCGCAACACCCAGGCUACUCUUGAAGCAGAACUGAACCAAAUUUCGCAAUAUCUGUCUGCCUGGAUGGCGCUCAUUGCAAAGGAGAAGGCUACAUACACCACCCUCAAUCUAUUCUCUUUCGAUCCUGCCCGCCAGAUCCUUAUCGCUGAAGGCUGGUGCCCCGCUAAUGAUUUGCCUCUCAUCAGGUUUACUCUUCAGGACGUCACCAACCGAUUUGACUCCUCCGCUCCAUCCAUUAUUAAGGAAGUCCGAUCCAACAAGAAGCCACCUACUUAUCUGAAGACCAAUAAGUUUACCGAAGGCUUCCAGACCAUUGUCGAUGCGUAUGGUACAGCCACCUAUCAAGAGGUAAACCCGGCCGUGCCUGUCAUUGUUACCUUCCCUUUCCUCUUUGCUGUAAUGUUUGGCGACUUUGGACACGCUUUUAUCCUGCUCUCUGCUGCACUGGCUAUGAUCUUUUGGGAGAAGCCUUUAAAAGAGGUUAAACUCGAACUGUUCGCCAUAGUCUUUUACGGCCGAUACAUUAUGCCGAUUAUGGCAGCUUUCUCUUCAUUCACUGGCCUCAGCUAUAAUGAUAUCUUUUCUAACUAUAAGAUGAAGAUGAGUAUCAUCCUUGGCUGGGCUUACAUGACCUACUCUCUAUGCUUCGCCUACAUCAACGCGAGAUAUUUCAAGAAGCCCAUUGAUAUCUGGGGUAACUUCCUUCCUAGAUUGAUAUUUUUCCAGGCUAUAUUCGGUUAUCUCGUCCUUUGCAUCAUCUACAAGUGGUCGGUGGACUGGCUUGGCACUGCUCUUGUCCAGAUUCCGAUCCUGCUCUUUCUCAAGCCGUUUUAUCUUCGUUGGGAACACAAGCGUGUCCGCAGUAAGGGUUACCGCAGCAUCGGCGAAAGCCGUGUUAACGCCAUGGGCAGAGACGGCGAGGACGGGACUUCAGUCAAUGAACAUGGCGCUAAUUCUAACGAAGGUGGUGAGGGAGUUGCAAUGAUUACUCAGAAUAAAGAUGAAGAUCGCGAGGAGUUCGAGUUUGGAGAGGUCCUGAUGCACCAAGUCAUCCAUACUAUUGUUUUACUUGAACUGCAUUUCUCAUACUGCUUCCUACCUACGUCUCUGGGCCUUAUCGCUAGCCCACCAGGUGCUGUCGGCGUGAUUACGAUUGUCGUCUGUUUCUAUGUGUGGUUUUUCCUCACGGUGGCCAUUUUGAUAUGCAUGGAGGGUACCAGUGUCAUGCUGCACUCGCUCAGAUUGUCCUGGGUUGAGUCUUUCUCCAAGUUCGCAGAGUUUGAGAGUUGGCCGUUCGCACCAUUCUCAUUCAAAGCUUUGUUAGAGGAGUCGGAGGAGUUAAAAGACCACUUGGGAUAA